CUGAAUUUGUCAAACGUACAAACCUUCAAUGGGAUAAAGGUAAACUUAAGCAUAAGGUGGAUUGGAUGAGACAUAAGUGGGGUCUUUGGAAACUAUUGAAAGGAAAGGAGACGGGAUUGGGAUGGGAUCCUGCAAAAGGAACUGUUGAUGCUUCGGAUGAGUGGUGGAAUUUCAAGAUUAAGGAGAAUUCUGCAUUUAAGGCAUUUCGAGAAGAAGGGAUUGAACCUGAACUUGAAUCUAAGAUGGAUCAAAUGUUUGGUUUUUAUGCCCAAGGUGCAUUAAAAUACACUCCGGUAUGUGAUCUCACAGAAGAACA